UGACAGUCAUGGCAGAGUGAUUCAGCGCAAAAAUACAGUCUUUCCACGGAAAACUUUUAGUUCUUAAACAUUACAUCCAACGUCGGAUUAUUAUUACCUAAGGAACGCUCUUACGACAGAAAGGAAGCUGCAGCUUUCAUAACUUUUUUUUGCAAAUAUCAACGUCAUCUCACACAAACAGUGAAUUGAACUUUAAGCGAAAGAUGUCGUGAAGAUAUUUGUCCAGUCCUUCCACAGUUUGUUUUCGGUUGGUUUUUGGUCAUUUAUUCACACAAUGAACGCUAUCAUCGCCCUGUGUCACUUUUGCGAAUUUCAUGGACCAAGCGUCUUGUUCUGUACUCAGGUAAUCCUUGAAACCAACUUUGGAAUUUGUCUGCUACAUAGCAGUCCACAUACGUAUAAAGAUUCAAAAGAUUUAUUCAGCUAUGCCUGUACAUUUUUCGGUAUAGUAUAAUGCUGUCGCUAAAUGAUACCUGCACGUUUAUUUUACUGUUUGUAAAGAGUUCUUAACCAUUUCACUCCCGGAAGUGACAUAACCUGUCUAUUUUUCCGAAAACAAAGUCAUAUCUACAUUUUUAAAGUAACUUAUACAGAGCUGGAGACUGGAGAUUUUUUUUCUGUAGUUGGCUUUGCUUUGCUGAUGAACAAGCACAGAAAAGUUUACCAGCGACUUGCUCCUAUGUUCAAUGUAUGCGUGAGUUGAGUUACCAAACUAAUUUUGCUCAUAACAGGGAUCGAAAUGUUAUGUUCAUGUACUUGUAAAUGGAAACACCUCAGUUGAUCACACAGAAGACACUUCACUGACGAUUGUAAACACAGAUGAGUAUCAUAAAGUCAGCUACUUGAUAGUCCUGAGAAAAAAUUAAACAAAGACACCAUCUAAACAAAUAACUUAUAUAUUUAUUCAUUUGCAAUAUUUAUGCAGGCUGGCUUAGUUCAGCUUCAAGCUAGUUUGAAUGUGGGCCUGCUUACUGAAAUGCAAGUGUUGAUAGGAAAAUUCUCUCUCUUUUUUUUUCUCUGGUUAUAGGCAUUUCAUUGUGAAGCUCAUGACCCCUUAAAGGGAACCAAUACCUCUGUUCUAGAAUGUGGAGCUUGCAACAAACGGUAAUUGCAUGAAUGACACUUUUUGUGUGCAUGUGUGAGUGUGUGUGUUUGGAAUUCGUUGUUUUGAAAUUUGUUGGUAAAUUUUUUUGUACAUAUGUGCUGCUUAAUUAUCACAGAUUUGUGGUAUUUGUAUUGACAAACACACAAAUGCAUUUGGGAUCAGACUGAGAAAAGUUUUUGAAAACCAACCAGUUACAAUGGCACAUCAUGCUCUCAAGGGUGACAUGAAAGAUUAGUAGCAGUAAACAGUCAAAAUGCUGAUUAGAUUUGUAUAUUUUAUGGGAAAAACAGUAAUUCUCAAUUGGUAAUGUGCCUUUCCACUGAAACAACCUGUUUUACCAUAUGGAUGCUGUGAUAAAUAUUUGAUUAGUUGCAUUUUCUUUUCCUCAGGAAUUUUACACGGUUUGGGUCAGAUACUCCAGGAUCAAGUACACAAGGAUCACGUGAUGUCUGGGCGUCAUCCAGAUCAAGCCAAUGUGAGGUAAAACAACAUUGACAUCAUAAACAGAUAAGCUUGUGGAUAUCAUAAUAAAAUUAUCUUUAGGCCAACAUAUGUGUGUUAUUGACCAAGAAUAAUGUCACAAUGGCUGAAUAUAGGCCAAGUUUUUGUUGCAGAUUGUUUCAAAAAAUGUAUGAUAAAACAAUUGUUGAAUUCAGUUUUUAUGAAUUACGUUUAAGUGAAUUAUCAAACCUCAUGUCCGUGUAAGCUUUUGGCCUAGCAGAUAACUCAGACCUGGGUUAUAAAUUGAUAAUUCUUGUCAUCAUGUUCAACCUCAUCCGAUAAUUGCCUAUUGUUAUUCUGAUGUUACUGCUGUAGUCUACAUGUAAUAGAGGUACCCUUUGACAGACUUUUGAACUAACCAACUGACACAGCACUUAUCUGACAAAUUGCAAACAGGCUCUGAUGACUUGAUUAACUGCCUUAUCAACUUUCUAUAAACUGAAUAUCUCACUGAUGGUCUGAAGGGAUGACUUACUGGCUGACUCACUCGUGGGCUUGUUGAUGGACUGACCGACCAAUUGAUUGUAAACUUCUGUAACUGACUGCUUUGUCAUGAAGUGAUUACAAGAGGCCUAUUUACAACCCCAAGAUUUCCGUAUCUGAUGUAUACCUAACUCGUUACCUUUGUCUAACCAUUUUUUAGGCUUGCAGGUCUCUGGAUCACACCCAUGCAGGAUACAUCAGUAUAGAUCAUGAAGCACAUAUCAGUUACUACAGCAACAGGUCACCAGAGCAGCCAGAGUUAUACAGUGUAGUAAGACAGGCUUGUGUUAGAAGGUAAGAACUGGCUUGGCAAUAGCUUUAAUGAAAGGUAAAGCAUCCUCUUAUUAUUAGUCUAUCCUGUAUUCUUUAUUGAAUGCCACAGUGAAAAAAUGGCAAGUCCUUGCUUGAGAGAAUGAAACACAGUACUAUAAUUAUGCCCAGGUUUCCAUAAUAUUUCAGCAUUAUUUGUCAUUAGCCUGUUAAACCCUAACAUCGGUAUGUAUGUUCUCCAUACUGUUCCCUAUUACGUUUCCAUUGUUACCUACAGGAAGAAUUUGUUAAGAAAUCAAGAGCUUCUUAAGACUGCAAGCAUUUCCUUUAUGCUCGUGACCUCAAUAGUGAUUCAGGGCUGAAACUUGAAUGUGAAAGCAAUCUUCAUAGUAAUGAACACUACUUGAGCAGUAUAUGAUUUUCAUAUAUUCACAGUCAUUUAGGACUGAAACUGUUGGGUGAAAUUAGAUACUUAGCUCUCUAAGGGUGUGAAGGGUCAAGUUGUUAUUCAUCAAGCUCAGCCAUUAUAUUCCCUGUUGAAAAGUGAAUUUUUUUUAAUGUUUCAUCUAGUAAAGCUGACACACAUGUUUUUGUAUUGCUUUAUACAAUACCUUCACUCACUUUCCUUCCUUCACCAAUGUUAAAGUUAGGUAGCACCCUGCUCCUCAUGGCUCAGACUCUGAGGCAGCAGUACCUGUACCCCUCUUAGGAUGCAAAUAAACAGUGCAAAGGUACAAUCAUUAUUAAUAGCACUUGUAAAUGUGGAAUGUGAAAUUCUCAGAGUGGGAGUUGAUCCAAAAAGCCCUAAAUCUUACCCUCCUCUUUAUCCUCUAAUCCUCUACACCUUUCACUUAAACAUUUCUUUUUCUAGUUUGAGCUGCGAGGUGUGUCCAGGUCGCGAGGGUCCAAUGUUUUUUGGAGAGGAGACAUCAGGAUAUGUUUUCACUCACACCUUCUUUCUGAAGGAUUCUCAGUCAAGAGGAUUCCAAAGAUGGUAUGUCAAACAGCAAGAAACAGUGCACAUGUCACGGCUUAGAAUAGUUAUUACAAUGCCAAAAGAUGUGUGGGGGAAGGGGUGGGGAUGGUUCAUUAUGAUGCCAUUUUUAUAUAAUUAUACACCUACAAUGAAACACCACAUCCAUGGAACAUCAUUAAGAAAGAUUUCUGUAGUUAACCCUCGUACCAUUAAAAUGUAAAGCUGUUCAUUCAUCAUAUACUGACAAAACUUUAGACCCUUUUUGAAACAUUCCAAAAAAUAAUAAUAAUUGCUGUUUUCCUUAUUCUUUUCUAUAACUCUUUUACUGAAGUUCCCCUAAUUCCUGAUCACAAAGAUCAAAAAGGGUUCCUUUUUAAGAGGUGAAUUCCAUUUUAUGAGGUUUCCUGUUAAUGGGAAAGGCCCUCACCAAAGAGGUAGGGACAUUAUGAUUUUUAUCCUUAGAGCAGUUGCCUAUGAGGGGAGCAUUCCUAUAAUGGUCAAGAUCCCUUGCCUCUUUUUCCAAUGAAAAAUGAAUGUCCCAUUGUAGGUAUUUUACACAGUCGAACAGUUAUUUGCAGUUGUGAUAUUCACCAUACUUGUGAUAAGUCAAUUUCUCUCUGUGCUACCAGCAUUGUGGUACCUUUCCUUGCUGUGACAACAUUUUAGAAAGAAUGCUUGAAGCUCCUUCAGGACAUAAAGAUUAUCAUUUGGGUAGUUAGGUUACCAAGAGGUUUCAAAAUGAUCUUUUAAUUGUACAUAUAGGCACACUCCUUACUCACAUAUUUCUAUGUUUCUCCCAAGGUAUAGCAUAAUUGCAGUUAUGAAGGAUCGCAUUUAUUUGGUGAAUUCAUGGCCAUUCCUUGUGAGGUACUGCAAGUUUGCAAGUAGGAUGUCUUCCCAUCAAAUGCUGGCAGUGGAGAACACCUUAGGAGUUGUCUCUCCUAUCGCAGCAUUUGCUGACUGAAUAGUCCCACCCUUGCAUUGAAGUGUCUGUUACAAGUAUUAGAAACAAAAGUGGAAAGUCAUGUAAACUGUAUGUGCAAAGACAUGAAUGACAUGCUAACAGCAAAAAUGAACACAACUUCUCUGCAACAAUUAUGCUCUGACAAAGGGCUAACGCGUGAAACAUCAGCUUUGUAACUCUUUACAGUGGCCAAUUUUCAUUAUCAACUGAAUAAAUUUAGUAUCAUCAACUCAGUUGAUAAUACUAAAUUACCUAAUUUUUCUGCAACAGUGUUCACCUAAAUUUACACAGUAGCUAUUUUCUCCAAUUGUAUGAUACAAUAAGAGAAAUAGUAUUGAAGACUCUCUUGAUUUAUGGCAGCUGCUUAUUACUUCACUUUAAUACAUGUAUCAGCAGUAGUCUAAAAACCCCUUUUGACUGAUUGAUCAUCAGUACCUUUACAGAGACCUCACUGUAAAUUUCGCUGUUUAUGACAAUGUUAAUGCCACUAUAACAGUCACUGUGACUGUUAUUGACUCUGUCACUGUCAAUCUCACUCUCAUUGUAAUUUUCAUAGUCACUGUUAUUCUACAGUGUAAGUUGUGAGUUUUUCCUUGACACUUCCAUUUAAAAUUUCAAUGUUGAUUGAUUUCAUAUACAAUAUAUCUGAUUUUUGAGAAUAAUUAUUUGAUGUUUCACUAAGAAAAUGUUUUACAAAUUUGUGUUUUUUUCUUGUUUCCAGCAAUUUCAGGGAACUGAUAGAUGAACUGCAGGCUAAGGUAUGCUCUAGUUAUUUUGAAUACCUGUUUAAGUGCAGAGAUUUUCCUCACUUGUACUGCUAGAAGCUGAACUCAAACUACCCUGGUGAAAAACCUCACAGGAUCUUUGAGGAUCUUCAAGGAUUGACAAAGACCUGCCAAAGAUCCUUAAGGACAAGGAUCUUUAAAAGAUCUUUAAAGGAUCUGUAAAAGAUCCUCAAAGAUCUUUGUAAGCAAAAACAUUUGUUAAGAUCCUCAAGGAUUUGAUAAAGAUCCUCAAAGGAUAUUACAAAGAUCCUCAUAAGGAUCCUCGCAAAGUUCUUUUCAAGGAUCCUUCAAGAUCCUCAAGGAUUUAUCAAGGAUCUUUCAAAGACCCUCAAAAGAUCCUUUCAAGGAUCCUUUCAAGAUCUUUGUAAGGAUCCUUAAGGAUUUAAUCAGGAUCUUGCAAGGAUCCUAGUCAAGAUCUUCGCAGGAUCUUUUUGAGGAUCUUUCAAGAUCCUCAAGGAUUUAAUGAGGAUCUUUUAAAGACCUUCCAAAGAUCCUUUCAAGGAUCCUAUUAAGAUCUUUGCAAGGAUCCUUAAGGAUUUGAUCAGGAUCUUACAAGGAUCCUACUCAAGAUCUUUGCAAGAUCUUUUCAAGGAUCCUUCAAGAUCCUCAAGGAUUUAAUGAGGAUCUUUUAAAGACCUACAAAAGAUCCUUUCAAGGAUCCUGUAAAGAUCUUUGCCAGGAUCCUUAGGAAUUUGAUCAGGAUCUUAAAGGAUCCUUAAGUCAAGAUCUUUGCAGGAUCUUUUCAAGGAUCCUUCAGGAUCCUCAAGGAUUUAAUGAGGAUCUUUUAAAGACCUUCAAAAGAACCUGUCAGGGAUCCUGCUAAGAUCUUUGCUAAGAUCCUUAAGAAUUCUAGUCAAGAUCUUUGCACAAUCUGUUCUACAAUCCUUCAAGAUCCUCAAGGAAUUGAAAAGGAUCUUCCAAAUAUCUUUAAAAGAUUCAUUUCAUGAUUUUGUACAGCUCUUUGCAAGGAUCCUUUUUUAAUCUGAUAUGGAUAAUUUAAACACAACAAGGAAUUUUCGCAGAAAAUUAUUGUGCAAUAAGUGUAAUGAAGGUUAACGCAUAGCAACGCCAUGCUUGAGGCUUUAGGGGAAACUUUGUGACAACUUACAUGACAGUAAAUAGGGUUUUGCAUUAUGGGAUAGGAAUUUAUACGCGCCGAGAUUUUUAACGGUCGCAUAAAAACAUAAGAAGCUCGUUGUUACGGCAAAUAUCAUCGACAAUGGUCGGAACUAAGGGAAAAUGUACACAGAAAUAAAAAGUAAAGGAAAGGCGUUUUCUGGAGUUCAGAAACAAGCGAAAAGAGAGACAGAAAUAACCGCAAUCGUCAAUCAAACUCCAAGCAGGUCUCGCGAUUGCUCUGACUCUGAGGCUUAAUGAAAAGAAUUCAUUGGUACUUCUGGAAAGAAAAUGAAGAUGCCAUCCUCGCCUAAUGAUUCUUGCUCUGAGCUCUUGGAGAGUGAGGAUGCAAAUGAUGUGUUACAGGGACAAGGAUAAAGGCUUAUCGAUCUAGAGAGAUUCUCCUCGACGCUCACUGAAGGACAUGUUUCUGAAGAAGGUGUGAAUUUACUUGGUUCUGUGUAACAACUUAAAAAGCUCUUUUAGAGGUUGUCAUAUGAAUUCCCGAAAACACUUAUUUUGUACCUCAGGAUGUAUUAGUUCAAUUAAUCUGAAGUUUUCAGGGCUGUAUCCUCUUACUGAGUUGAGUUGGAUAAGCUGACAGUUUCUCCAUAAGCUGAAUUUUAUGUAAGAUAUUGUGGAAUAACUCACCUAAUAAUCUCGGUGAACUUUGAACGGGCACUGUGCCCAUAAUAUAAACGACUCCAAAAGUUCCUUAGCUCAUCCAAAAGAACGACCCUAGUACUUUGUUUUGACACUAAAAACACUUGAUUUCAUGCAAUCUUUGUGCAGUUAUCUUUUCUCAAGUAUGCCUAGGUUUUUCACACCAUGUGGUGGACAAAUUGAUCUGAUGUCAAAUAACAAAUUAGUUUAGGGCAACAUAUUAGUUAUAUUCAGUAUGUGUGAUUCCUAAGCUUUCCUUUGGUUUAUAGGUUAAUAUGGUUCAGAAAUAUAGUCAUUGAAGUACUCUUGUUUGCCUUUUUUUCAUGUUUACCCCCUCUGUAAGAGUAGUCUUAGUCUGGUCAUAGUCUAGUCCUAGACAAGUUUAACACAUAUAUUUUGGUCUUUUUACCUUUGAGCUGGACUGUUGCCAGAUUUUUUGGAAAAUGAAAAUCUUAGUACUAACCUAAAAUCUGAACAGAAAUAGUGUAGAAGUAGUCCUACUAGAAAAGGAUGGGUAAUUCUUGUUUAGCAAUAAAAAAAGUUUUAUCUUCAUUUUUUUAUGUUUGGUUCAAUUUUUCUUUUUAACUUAGUAUGAGGAUUUAAGUAUGCUUAUUUUCUUGUCAAAAGUUCGAAGGUUCUAUAACAUUCUUGCUAAGAUCUUCAACGAUCUUCCAUUUCCUUGCCAGGAUCUUCAAGGAUUCCUGACAUUCUUGUCAAGAUCUUUAAGGAUCUUCAAAUUUCUUGCAAAGAUCUUUAAUUUGGCCGUCAAAAUCUUCAAGGAUCUUUCUUUUUUUUGCCAGGAUCUUCAAAGAUCUUUCAAUUUCUUGCCAAGAUCUUUAAGGAUCUUUUAUUUUAUUUUAUUUUCUUUCCAAGAUCUUUAAGGAUCUUCAAAAUUUUCAACAAGAUCCUUGAAGAUCUUGGCAAGAAAAUGAGAGAUCCUGAAAGAUCUUACCAAGAAUUUGGAAGAUCCUCAAAGAAUUUUCAAAGAUCUUUAAAGGAUCUUCAAAGUUCAUGUAAAGAUCUUUGAAGAUCCAGACAAGAUCUUCAAGGAUCUUGACAGGAAAAUGAAAGAUCCUUAAAGAUCCUGGCAAGAAAGUCAAAGAUCCUUGAAGAUCUUGGCAAGAAAAUGAAGGAUCCUUGAAGAUCUUGGCAAGAAAAUCAAAGAUCCUUGAAGAUCUUGGCAAGAAAAUGAAGGAUCCUUGAAGAUCUUGGCAAGAAAAUGAAGGAUCCUUGAAGAUCUUGGCAAGAAAAUGAAGGAUCCUUGAAGAUCUUAACAAGAAUUUUGAAGAUCCUCAUGAAGAUCCUCAAGAGGAUCCUCAAAGGUCCUCAUGAAGAUCUUGUAAGAUCCUUAAAGAUCCUUGAAAGAUUUUCACCAGGGUAAAGCAUUCAAGCUUCAACAUCAUCUGCAAAUCCAAUGACUGGUUUACUACUGUAUGUAAUGGAGCCUCAAACCAAGAAACACAAUUAUAAUGGGAUUUUUCAUGCAUUUAGCCAUCCUUUGAAAUGUGCAUUUUAAAAGUGGGUGUGGAUAUCCAUUAUAUUGUGUAAAUCUCUAGCAAACUUUCCUCUUUCCUAUAUAUCAACCACAUAGAUUUUUAAAAUUAUUUGACAUUGUUCAGUUUUAAGUAACCAGUCUUCUCUUAUGCUAAAUGUAAUUUUAGGCAAAUGCAGUUUAUGAAACAGAACAUGCAGAAAGUGUUCAGAAAGGACAACACAUUCAGCCUAGUGCAAAUGGAUUCCUUCAUGCUCCUGGUAAUACUAUCUUUUUAUGACAACUGCAUGUACAGUAUAUCCAGAGAUUUAGUUCCAGUCUUUGUUUUAUUUAUCAUACAAGAAGUGCAAAGAUUUCUUUUGGAAUACUUUUAUUUUUCCUCUUUUUUAUGAUAAAUAGAUAUUUUCAGAAGACAGCGAGGUGGAAAUAAAACUUACAGAGGGAUUGCAGACAUAUUAGGAGAUAAGGUAUCAAAUGCACAAAGGUUUUUUAAAGAACCAAAAAAUUAUGUCUUUUGUACUUGACUGUAUUUUUCAAAAAUUUUAGAAAAUUCCUCCUUUUCCUUCUUUCUGAAGUGCAGAAAAGUCUUUAUCAUUCUGUUAAUAUUCAGAGACAAUUUGCCUCUGGAGAGCAAGAUUUAAAGUCUUUUCAUUAACAGGAACCAUCCAGAGGGUAUUAGAGAGAUACAUGUACCUGUUGGUCAUGGCUUGAAAAAAGUAGCCCAGCACCACUACAUGUGUUACAGCAUAACUUUAUAACUUUUUAUAAGUGACCUAAUUUUUGACAAAUCCUAUGACACCUCAACUUUAUUUUCUAUCUAAGUUUGAAAAUGAGCCAUUGGCUUGACACCCUUGAUCCAAAAAUCUAAACUCAUGUUUUAAAUCAUUCUAUAAAUUUAUUCAUUUCUCCACUUACAUGUACCUUGUUUCUUGAUUCAUGAAAAGGACUUGUUUGCUACUCUUCAUCAACGGUUUUCAUGGAUGUUAAAAGCCUGUGGAAACAGAAUAACUGAAAAGCUUCUAGAAGGACCACCAAGAGUAUGUACCUUUACAUUGGCUGUAUACAACUACUGUAUAAGCAAUGAACAGUGGUUAAAUAGCAUGCAAUUAUCAUCUUAACAUCAGUGAGUUUGUUUCACGCAACCUACAUCUUCAUGUAGUCUAUUCAUCAUUUCAAUUGUCACAGUUACAUGUACACAUAUAUAUUGUCCUAGGAGGAACUACUGACAGAUCUUGAAGCUCAUUUUGAGGAUGAUGAUCUUCAAGGUAAGUCCACAUAGUUUAGAAGGUUUACUUUUACAAUUUACCUGCACUUAAAAGUUGAUUGCUGCACUUGCAGCAGCUACAGUUGUAGCUAAUAAUUGUUUUUCUUAAUGUUUAUCCUGGUCAUCUUUCUUUCCUCUAUCGAUUAAAAAUUGAUAUACAGUACAUUUCAUUUUGCAUUUGUGAAUAUGAGUGUUAAAGAUGAUAGGUAAAUGAUAUGUAAAAAACAAUUUUACUCUUGAACACCAAGUUUUUUUUGGUUCAUUUUCACAGAAACGUCUGAUACAGAAAAGGAAACUGAGAUUCAAGAAGGUAAAAAAGUAACAUUACACAAAGAAGAAUUUGUUUAACUGUGUUACUAGGAUGGUAGGUGUUUCAAUUAACCCUUUAAACCCCUAAGAGUGACUAACAUCUAAUUUCUUCUUUCAAUAUCACCCCCAAAUUACACAGAAAGGUCACAAGAAAAAAGGAAUGAUCACCAACUAUAGUAGUUCUUUAUUAUUAAACAAAUUCUCCUUGUCAGCUCUUCAAGAAAUGUGUUGAGAACAGAUUGGAAAAUAUGUCUACUGAUGUUAGGGUGUAAAGGGUGAAAGCCAGUUGAGGGCAGUAAACCACUGCCUUAAUAAGGCCUCUCAUUGCCAUCCCUCUUCCAGGCACAGCCGUUUAUUACACCAUGGAAAAUUAAUUGACAUUCCUGGGAUAGGAAAUAAUGGCUGUUUUUGAACGUAGCAAAAUCCCAGUGGUGACCCAUAGUGUACGUGUAAUCUAAAAAAUUCAUGUCUAUGCUAUAUAGGCAAAUCUCACAUUAUAAUAACUUCAGUGAUUUAUUUUCAUCACUUGAUACCCAAGCACACUUCCUUUUUAGCUAGCCAUGAACAAUAAUGAUUGAGUUAUGCUUUGGAGAUUCACAUAAUUAUCCUUUUCGCCGUUUUACGUCUCAGAUAAAAAGGCAUACAGUGUACAUGUAGUUACAUGACACUACUGUUAUAAAUUGAAGUUUCUCUUUGAAUGCUUACCUAAUUUUCAUACUUCUUUUGAUACACUUGAACAGUGGAGGGUCAGGGGAAGGCAGAGGAACAAGAUGAGAAACUUUUAAGUUUACCUUAAGAUCUUCUUUGAAUUUUGCAUAUCUUGAUUUUCUAAUCAGGUGAAACGACUGGGCCAAUUUUUACCUCUCUUCAACACAUUUUAAAGGUACGUUGCUUGUGUUUGAUGCGAUUUAGUCUAUCAGUUGGAAUAUCCUAUCCACUGAUAUCCGUUUGGUCGCUAAUGAUGAUGCACCUUCACGAUGAAUCAGUCAAUCAUUCAACUAGUAGUUACAGCUCUUAAGAGGAGGGGGAUGGGGGACGGGAACCCAGGAGAACAGGGGGCGGGAGAGGGCGGGAAGCGGGAACAGAAAUUAAGAAGGCAUUCUUUUUUUUUUUUUUUUUUUAUUGCUUAUCAUCUAGUCUAAAAUCAGAACCCAGCAAAGUUAAUUGAUCAGUAAAUCAAUCAAUCAAUCGAUCGAUCGAUCGAUCGAUCGAUCAAUCAGUCAUUAAACCAAAAGAAACAGCUCAAAGUCAAUCAAAUUUUAAGGGCCACAAUUCGAUUGCGUUGCAAUUUUGUGCGAAAUUGUCAUCGCGAAAACUAACUGCGAUGACUUGAAGUAAUUCCAAAAACAGGUGAGCUACAGUCGUAACUGAGUUGUUAUUCUAUCAACUUGGUAUGCAGGUGUUGGGAGGUCACAAGUUCCAUUUGUUAGCUUUUCAUGUGAUUCAAGGCAAUCAAGUCAUUGUGCGCGGUGAGAAACGAAAGACUGUUGAAUCAGUCUUAAAUUGCUUGAAGGUGAGAGAUACAAAGUCAUAUAAAAAAGGCUACACCUUAGAUUAUUUCGUGUUAGAUAGUGGAGUGUAAACAUUAUUUAAUACGUCUAUUCAUCGAUUUUUGUGGGAAGCGUGUUAGCGAAAUUGAGAUGGGUUGGGAGCAAAAGGCCCUGUCUUGGGUUAAUCUAAUAAUAAUGAUGAUGAUAAUAAUAGUAAUAAUAAUAAUAAUAAUAAUAAUAAUAAUAACAAUAACAAUACUAAUAAUAAUGGUGAUAAUAAUAAUAAUAAUAAUAAUAAUAAUAGUGAUGAGAUUUAAAAGUGGGCACUCCACGAGAUAGCUCUUCUUGUCCACUGUUUCCAAGUUGAAUUGGAAUUUGAAAUUUUGCCUUUUGUGGCGGGAGGAAAACUAGUGGACUCGGAGACAAACCCUCGGAGCAAGGACGAAAACUAACAAUAACUCAACCUACAUGUGGCACCAGGUCUAGGAAUCGAACCCAAGUCGUAGGGGUGGGAGGCGGGUGCUCUCACCAUUGCGCCUUCCCCAAUCCCCAAAUUUGAUGGGUUUAUCUGCACAUUCCUUUUCUGUCAUGGUGCCUAGUGCCACAUAAUGUGACAAAAUGAGUAAGGAUUCUCACGAGGAACUGGUAACCAAAUAAGAACAAAAUACCUCUCACUUCACGCCACACAAACCUGCAUGACUUCUGGCAAUGUGGACAAUUGAAUUGUGAAGACCUGACCCCCUUCAGCGAUAUUUCGGUUGUUUGUCUCUGUUUCUUAUUCCUUUGUUUGCUGGUGCGCUUGUUUAAGCAUGGACUUUGUGUUCGCUUGUUAGGAAGUGAAGUCCCAGCUGCCUCAAAGUAACUCAAUCACUCAGUAGCACUCUUUGCCGAAUGCAUACGCGUCAUCGAUUUUUUUUAAUUUAUUUGUUAACCCCAUUAAUCAUAUCACACCACCCUUUUUCAGGUAUUGAUACCGAGUGGUUGUUGUUCAUGUAUUCCUUACAGCAAGAAAUACAAGGUACAGUUGCGAAUAGAAAAUAUGAAAACAGAAAUUGAUAAAAAAGUACUCCUCUCAAUCAGUUAUGCAGAAUGGAGUUCAGUUUAAGUUAGGCCCAUUUCGGUCCCUGGAUGUACAUUUUCUCUAUUUGUUCGUUUCCUUUUUUUUUUUAAUCCAUAAUUACAAUUACAAUCAUCACUAUCAUCAUCCAUGUAAAUAUGUUGAGAAGGAGGCCUCAUUUAAGAUAGGUCGUAAAUUCUAGUUGGAAACAGCUUAAAAACACGUUACCUUUCAGAACUCGUUUUUUUAAACGUGAAAUCUAUAGCAAUAAAUAGCUGUCAAAAGCUUGGCCUGUCUUGAAAGAUGCCCUGCAAAUUAUGUAUAAUCAGUGAAAAGGACGAGAGAUCUUCAGAGAAGAGUUCAUUAGCUCAACUGCUUUGAAGAUGGACGUUGACUUUAAUAUCCUCCUAGAAGUUUUAUAUCCGCGGCACUAGUCAGCAACUUUUCUUUUUUUUUUCUCUUUUUAUUCUGUCUGACUCGUUUAGGAUUCAUGGCGGUGUAAUUUCCUGGGUCUUGCUCCAGGGGUAGAGAUUCCUUCGCAUGUGUUGUCAUCAGAUCUCUUUGUUUUGCUUGAUAUCAUAUCACCUCGAGAGCAGGUAAGAAAAAGCGUUGACGUAGUGAUAAUCCCAGUUAUUGUCUUUUCUUGAUACUGAAACAAAACUGACUUGAAUAUGAAGCAAUUAUACUUAUAAUGUCAGAAACCUGUUUGUACCACAUUCGUCAUCCUUCAGAGCUAGGUAGAAUCACAGGUUAGUUCCUAGGGUUUGCCCUCUUUGAAUAGUUACCACCUCUUCAAAAUUUCCAUCCCUUACCAAGGUCCAGGUCCCUGAAGCUUCUGGCUCGGAGCAGCAAAGGUCAGUGUAUUUUUUUUUCUGAUUUCAUGAGUUAUAAUCAAUUAGGACAAGUUUUGAUGGUCGUCGCGGUAAACGUUUUGUUAUCACCUUUCUCUUAUAUUGAAAUAGAGAUGAAGAACAAGACUUUCUUGGGUAUGGCUUUGUUGUUUUUGGUAAAGAGAAUGCUACAGGUAGGAUUCAGUCUCUUUUCGGUCCUAAAGGAGGUCUUCUAAAGUAUUUCGUUGCUGUUCUUGUUGUUGCUUUUUUCUUUUUUCCCAGAGUAUAGUAAGAAAUGCGUUUUGACCCAAUGAGGGAUGUAAUGUUUUACCUUCUGUUGAGGGUUAUGAUCAGAAUCUUGAUGACAUACCCCUGAUGCAUGGUCAUACUGACCGAUCACAACCGACGUACGCCACCCGAGUCUUGAGCCAAUCACAUCACGGCUAAACUGACUGAUCAUUUUACACGAAUCGGACUUAAUGAAUGACUCGAAUGACAAUGGCACUUCACUUGACUUUGAUGAUGACAUCCGCUCAGAUCGUAGAAACGUUAGUCGCUGCUACCAGCUACAGUCGCUCUCAGCACUACCCUCACCCGGAAGAUCAGACUACACGAUCAUACUAUAUUCACUGCUACCUAAAACAGUCUUCAUCGGGUCCAUGCCAAGCCCCUAAAAUGUAGAUCCUUUCAAAUCUCUGGCUGGUUCUUAUUGGGUAGUCUGUGCUCUUUCAACUAUAUCUGUAGAUCCCACCGUUCUCCAGAAAGUAGAAGGCGCCCUGGCGAAUGAUUCUCUCUCGGAUGCAGUUUUUGAUCAGCUGUUGACUUGUCUGAAGGAAGAAUGGAUGGAGUAAGUCGCAAUUUAACCCUUUAACCCCUGAGAGUGACCAGCAUCUAAUUUCCCCGUACAAUAUCACCCCUGAAUCACACAUUAAUGUCAUGAGAAUAAAGGAAAUGAUCACCAAUUAAAGAAACUCUUGAAUGUUAAACAAAUCCUCCAUGUCAGCACCUUAGUAAAUGUACAGUGAACAGUAUGGAGAAUAUGAAUACUGAAGGUGUAAAGGGUUAGAGCUUUCUGAAUUUUUUCGAAAAGCAUGCUAUCCGCAUCUUACUCCCAAUUUCUCACUUUUUACAUUUUUGUAGCAAAGUAAAAGUGAUUUUCAAGUUUUCAAGGUCAGGUCCAAGUACCAAGGAGGAUAAAGAGAAGUAAGUUUAAAUCAUUUGUAUUUUCUUUAGCUAGAUAACUUCGUUCCAAAUCUUGUAUCAGUUUGAGUCCAACUAUUUGUGGAUAAUUCUUGCUGAUACACGCUGCUGAUACACUCUGCAUUUACCCCAUCAAAUUCCUUACACAAAAAAUUAGGGUGUGAUAUCAGCCGUGUCAUGCAUGAUCAUAGAUCACUUUUUUCCCACUGUUCAAACGUUUAAUUCAAACUUUCAUCUUGCAAUCUUCCCCUUCCUCUCGAAUUUUAUCCAUCCGUCGUACUCAAUGUUUCGCGCUAUCAUUUGAUUUUCGGGAUAACUUUUUCAACUGAGUUAAUAAUAUAAAUUGGCCACCGUAUGUAAAGAGUUUCUAAAGCUGAGGUUUUGUCAGAGCGAGUGACGAAGGGCUAACGCUCUAAACGUCAGCUUUAGAAACUCUUUACGGUGGCAAAUCUACCUUAUCAACCAAUUUACAAAACCAAAUUAUCCCGUGAUACCCUCCGCCCACACAGCUUCACAGUUUCUUUAAAAACUUACCCCUGAUAUUCAAGCUAGUUUGGUCGAGGAAAAUAAUUUUAAAAAAAGCAGAGAAUCGGAAACUGCUCCCAUUUCAUCCCCAGUUUUCACGCAGCCAUAUUUCCUCAUAUCUUUUACCGAUAGUGGCAUCAGCCUCAUAUUUACACAGUCUUCUUCAACCACGAGAAGUUUUCAUUUUGAGGAACACAUUUGCCUAUGCUUUGUAUGGUUGAUCAUUAUCUGCAGCUUGAUUUAAUGGUACCUUGUUAUACCCGUUACAGACUUCUGAAAAUUCUUGGUGCAAAACCCGAAGACGAGAUUGUUCUGAAGUUUUGGAUGACAGGACUCAACAAACAGUACCGUUCCCAUCUGCUGACUUGUAGUAGUACUGGCUCAUCCUCUUAAUCCUCGUUUACCAAUCCAACUUGUUACGACUUUUCUUAAUUUUGUGUCGUGAUUCCUGCGGCACUGCAAAGCUCGUACCGAGCUUGCAGGUGUUAUACUUCCUUGCUGAUUAGCUAAGGAAGUCUUGCUAUUGUCCUAUUUUUACAUCACGAUCAGAGGUACAGAGAGGAACCCCUGAGGAAUAUUGUGGCGUAUUAAUUAUACCUGAUGUACCAGCAAUGCCGGGCUUACUAAUGCAGAUUUUGCAAAAUCACUGCGGCACUCGCUCAAAGGCACAGUAUGAUACCAGAUAUCAGCCCUUUAAAGGCGCCUUUUGCAGCCGCUGACCAUUCGUAAAUUAGUUCAAUAAGGAGCCCAUUACUCAUGGGCUCCUGGCUCAACCCAAAAUUCCCAACUCAUGGGGUACAUGCACCUAACCCUUGUCUGCAGUGCUUGGCCGGGGCUUGUCUAUUCCUUCGUUGAUUUGACAAGUGCUUCGCUACUUGUGGUUGAAGACGCAUUACAGGGUGAGAAAUGAAGGAAAGUUGUGAAAAUGUAAGCGUUUCUCUACAGAGAAAUGCCUUUAAUUUUAAAUGUGGAGUUCAGCAUCGUUUCGUCAUAUUGUUCCUUUAAGAAGUUGCUAAAGGGAGAGGGCUGGGGCAAAAACGGAGUGAUCUUUCAUUGUAUGUAUUUUAAGAUCUUUGUAGAAGCACAGCAGUGAAAUUUGAAAAAUAUAUACGCCUUCUCCCCUAUGGAAGGAAAUUCCUUUUAAGGAUUGAACUGAUGUUGUUGAAAUGAGAGAAGCAGGGUUCUUAUUGAGAACUCACAACCGGAAGCAACGUAACAGAUCAUUACAUGUAAUAUAAUUUGAUUAGCGCUUCCCUCCUAGUUCGUAGCUUGCCCCCUUGUUCCUGGGAAUGCUAGUUCCUCAAACGUCAUACAUCACCACUUUUUAC